AUGGUCCUGUCCGCCGAGGACUACGUCCACGACAACGAGGAGGAGGAGGUGGUCAUCGCUCAGGUGGCGGCCAUGUCCGCUGCGGAGGCCCAAACCCGCUGGCGCCGCGAGGAGGCCGACGCCGUCCGGCAAGUCCGGGAAUACGAGGGGGCGCACCGAGAAGAACGCGUCCGCCGCGAGAAGCUGGAGAUCGUCGAGCUCGACGCGGAGAAUGACUUCAUGUUCAAGGGCUUGCAGCCUAAUCUUUACAGGGGCAGAAGUACUUUUAGGAGGGAGAUGGCUCUGCUUUUGCACAAGAAAUUACUAGGCUGCAACAAAGAGGAAGAUGCUUCUUGCAGAGACAGGUUCAGCGAGCUGCCCGACGCCCUCCUCCUAAACAUCCUGGAGAGGCUGGGGACGUUCGACGCCGUCAGAGCCUGCGUCCUGUCGAACCAUCUCCUGAAGCUCCCCGCCAUGCUCUCCCGGAUCUCCAUCGACUUCUUCUACAUCUCAGGAGAGUACGUCGAUCCCAACUAUCUCGAAUUCGACGACAUGGUCCGAGCGAACCGCGCCGUGGCCGAUCUGACUGACAAGAUCCUCACCACGGGGCCUCCACAGCUCACCAUCCGCGAGCUAAACCUGACCUUCGUACUAAGACUGGACGACUGCCUCUCCAUCGGCAGAUCCGUCGCCCGCGCCAUGGGGACGCGGAAGCUCAACACGGUCCAGUUCAAGAUCUUGACGGAGAAGCACGACUUAGUUUGCGAAGAUUGCACCCCGGCCGAUCUCCUCAGCUUCGGGAAGCAGCUCAACGCUUUUCUCGCCGCCUGUCCCGACGCAUUUGCUGGCCUCGCAAUACUCGAGCUACAGAGCCUCAGGUUCGGCGAAUCAGACCUACCCAACAUCCUUGCCACUUGCAAGAGGUUGGAGUACCUGAUCCUGGAGCAUUGUGACGCGGGGAUAGGCUCGACGCUGAAAUUUGAACAUGAUCAACUCGUGGAGCUCAAGAUCAUGUACGGGGAAUAUGAAACCGUGGAACUCCACCGUCUGCCCAAGCUACAACGGGUGACAUGUGAAACUUGGGACCAUGAUGGAAGUCCCUUAGUUUUUGGUUUCGUUCCACACCUUUCCAAACUAAGCCUUAUCAAUUACAUUACUUCAAACAGGACUCUCCGGUUAAGCAAGCUGCUUGCUAAUGUGCCCAACAUUUGCGAUCUGCAUCUAGAUUUUGAAAGUGAAAAGAUUUGGGUGCGACCAGAAAGCCCAAGAGUGCUCACACCUGUGCUCGACAAACUACGGACUGUGAAUCUUGAUAAUAUUCGUGAAGGAUGUGACAUCUCGUGGACAAUGUUUAUGCUUGAAGCUGCACCAUCUCUAGAAGAGUUAUGUGUCACAGUAUGGGAUCAUUGGUGCAAACAGGUGCCCUACCGGGCACACUCCAAGAAAAAGUAUGUAAAGUGGAAGUCACCUGAUUCGGAUUUCAAGCAUGACAAUCUAGCUAAGCUCACCAUCUUUGGCUUUCAGCCCGAUAGUAACUUCAUGGGAUAUGUCACGUGUGUUGUUGAAGCUGCACCGAGGAUCAUGGAGGUAUCUCUGCACGACAGGAAGAAAUGUUACAACAAUUUUGCAACAUCAGAGCAUCUUAAAUAG